GGUAUAUUUUUCCCUUACCCAUCCCGGUGGAUUAAAUCUCAAGCGCGUCGAAACGGCUUUCUGCCGAUAUCCCUUACUCGCUAUCGGAGAACGAGACUCUACGAGGCGGGCGAUUGAUCUGUGCAUCUCUCAACAGCAAUUCUUGAACUCGUCUGCAAAGUCAAAAAGGAACUGGGAAGCGAUAUAAGUGAGUGCUGUGGUUAUAGACAUUCAUUGGAAGGACCAUAUGGAUAGCGUCCCAAGGGAGACUCAUUUAUAUCACUCAGUUGAGAUGACCAUCUGGGCCUCGUUCGCACCCAUGCUUCACGAUUUACCUCGUGACGAACGCUGUUGAUGGAUCCCUUCCAUUGAUCGUUAUCAGACUCAAGAUUGCAAGUCAUAAGAUUGUGAAUAGUUGUGGCAUACAGGGAAAGAACUUGGACGACUUUCUCCCCAUUGAACCCUUCUGUUACCCAUAAGGGGCACCAAAGGAGAGACCUGACUUCAAGGCCCACCUCGCUUCCUCAAUGCGGCUGUUCAGCGUCGGCGUCCUCUGGGUACUUGCCCUCCCUCUCUUCGCAACAGCUCAAGACCUCCAACCCCUCCACGCCUCCUCCUGAUGGAUCCUCGACUCCAACAACCAACGCUUCAAAUUCCGCUGCAUCAAUUGGGCCGGCCAUAUGGAAGCUCACAUCCCAGAAGGCCUUCAACACAACUCGGUCGAAAAUAUCACUGCCCUAAUCUCCGACUCUGGAUUCAACUGUGUCCGUCUCACGUGGAGUAUCGAAAUGGCUCUUAACCAGGGAUUACAAGUCAGCGACAGUUUCGGUACGCUCGCUAGUCGGACAAACGCGCCAGCUGAUGCGGUGGAGAAUUUAUGGAACAGAGUUGUGGAGAAGAAUCCAUGGAUUCAGGGGGCUACAGUCAUUGAGGCGUUUGGGAAAGUGGUUGAUAUGCUUGGUUCCAAGAAUCUACGCGUGAUGUUGGAUAACCAUGUCAGCAAGGCAUCGUGGUGUUGCAAUUUAGAGGACGGUAAUGGAUUUUGGGACGAAGCGAGGGGUUAUCUCGAUGCCAAUUCUCGCUUUUUCAGGACUGAGGAAUGGCUUGAAGCGCUCGAAGCUAUGGCCAAAUUCUCUGCAUUCCAUCCCGCCGUUGCUGGCAUCGGUUUGCGGAACGAGAUUCGCGAAUCGGGGCUUCAAUUCCUCACAAGCCGGAGUGAUUGGUAUACGUAUGUUGCUCGUGGGGCAACGGCUGUUCAUAAUGCGAACAAAGACUUGUUGAUUGCUGUCGGAGGCGUGCUUUCAUCGACGGAUGCUUCGUUCCUUCGCACGAGUCCGUUCGACCGCUCUCCGUACGGUGAUAAGGUCGUGUGGGAGUGGCACACGUACACCUUCUCGCCUACUUGGAUUACUACAGGUGGCAACUGCGCGUUGUGGAAACAAGCAGUCGGUGGGUUCACUGGGUUCCUGCUCGCCCAGGGACAGGGAUACACAGGACCGUUGUGGUUGUCCGAGUUUGGGUUCAGCAUGUCGGCUGGUGGGCCACCAGAGCGAAGCGGUUUGGACGAGGAUGCUUUUAACUAUGUCCAGUGUCUAAUCGAGUACUUGACGAGUAAUGACGGGGACUGGGCACUUUGGGCGAUUCAAGGGAACUAUUAUGUCCGUGACGGAAACGUCGAUAGCGAUGAGCCAUGGGGAUUGCUGAAUACUGGCUGGUCUGCUUGGAGGAACCCAGCGGUUAAGCAAUUACUCGGAGCCAUAUGGGAUGUUACUCAACAUCCUUAGGAGCUUUCAUUACAAGGGUGGAAAAGUCGUGGUCGUGUAUUACUUGUAGUGGGAAUGUGACCU